AUGAUUGACGGACUCAUUCUUGAGCAGCAGCAGCAGCAGCAGGAGGAACCCUCUCGGCGCUGGUGCGGCGCGGCAGCCAGGGGGGGCGAGCAGGCUCUGCCGCGGAGCCCCGCCACCGCAGCCCCGUGCCUGCCGCCGCGGAGGGCCAAGUCGCAGGUCUGGCGGGGCCCCACCAUAAUUACUGCCUGCCUACCCCUCGGAUUGGACCUCGGCCCAGCCAGCAGGUCAAGGCAAGCGGAGAAAAAACAAAUGGAGGGCCAGGCCAGAGUAACACUCGACCAGCCUCAUGACGGUGCGUCCAAGCGCAACCUGCCGGAAACAUGA